AUGGUUAGAGGAGUCUCAUAUAGAUACUUAGUAAAUGGGCAGAUGAGCAAAAUUCUCCAAGCAAAAAGAGGGUUGAGACAGGGUGACCCCAUCUCACCUCUUCUUUUUACCCUAAUCAUGGAAUACUUACAUAGGCUCCUUGGUACUCUCAAACAGUCUGCUGGCUUUAAUUUCCAUCCAAGAUGUGCUAAACUAGGAAUCACAAAUAUAUGUUUUGCAGAUGACUUGCUUUUAUUUGCAAGAGGUGAUGUGAAUUCUAUCAGGCAUAUGAUGGAUAAGUUUCACCAAUUUUCUGAGGCUACUGGUCUGAGGGCAAAUCCAGCAAAAUGUAGAAUAUACUUUGGUGGACUAAAUGAUCAAAUGCAGCAUGACAUUGCUACUACAAUCAAUUUUGGUGUCGGUAGGAAGCAGCUUGUCAAGAGUACCUUGAUGUCCAUAGCAGGGUAUUGGAUGCAAGCUUUUCCCCUCCCUAAGAAAAUUAUCCAGAGAAUUGAAGUGAUAUGUAAAAACUUUCUUUGGUCUGGCAAAGCUGUGGGAAGAAAAGCCCUUGUAGCUUGGGAUAAAAUCUGCCUUCCUAAUAAUGCAGGUGGAUUAAAUAUGACUUAUCUUAGUGACUGGAACAAAGCUACAAUUCUGAAGUUGCUCUGGAAUCUCCAUAUGAAAUCAGAUAAGUUGUGGAUUCGGUGGAUUGAAGCUUACUACCUGAAAGGUGUUAGCAUUAUGCAGUGGGAGCCUAAGAUAUAUAGCUCUUGGAUGAUCAAGAGUAUAGUCAAGAAUAGAGAUAUUACUGUCCAUAGUGAGUAUUGGAGAAAUAGUAUUCAGCAUGGGCGGUUUUAA